CGUAAAAAUCUGGAACUUGACAACCUAGUGAAAUGGACGAAGAAGGAUCACAAUUAUUUGGCAACGUUAACCGAGAUUUGGAAAACUCUUUCGGCAAUGUGAAAUCGAGCGAUAUGGAAUCAAUUCCGGAUGAUGGUCUGUCACAAAAAAUAUGUUAACCGAUAUGACACGUAUAACUGCAUUGUCAUACAAUGGUGCAAUCAAAGAGGAAUACAUCAAGUUACAUGAAAGUUCACCCCAAAUUUUGAGCAAAUUGAUCGAUUCCAAAUAUUUAGUGUCAAAGGCCGAUUUUGAUAGGACCCACGUGGAUAACAUCACAACCAACGAUAGCACAGAAAAGAGAGAACUUGAGAAUUUCUGUGAUCCAGGAUUAAACAGUGAAGAAAAUAACGAUGCAGUGAUUUUACUAAGCCCUCUACCCCUAUCAAAAAUUACUGAUACAAGUGAGAAUGUGAAUACCAAUCACUUGAUACUCACAACAGAGAUUCAACAGCAACACGAAAUGGAAACAAGGGAAGAUUCUCACUGUACCAGGCAGAUGUCUGACAUUACAAAAACAGAAACAUUGUUAGAUGAAGUGGAAGAAAAUAGGUCCAUUCAGUGCAACGACAAAACAUUGUUCGAAAGUAAUUCUGAAAUAUCAAAUAAUAUGGAAGCUCUUGAAGUUGCACCUGAUGAAAUGAAUGCUGAUAAGAAUAAGGAUUCAGAUCUGAGCGAUAACAUAAAUAGCAGGGAUGGAGUGGCUACCCUGAAAGCAUGUCUCACAAAGUUUUCUGAUGAUGACGAUGAAAAAAGUGUUUCUUAUUUUAAUAAUGAACUUUCCGAUGACAAUGAAGAACAAAUUCAAUUUAACUGCAAUGAUUCGAGUUUUCGAGCAAAGCCACCCGAACAACCAAGUCUGUCCAGUUUGCUUGAACUGAAUACAAGUAUGACAACAAUCAAAAACCGAAUCCAAGACAAUGCCAAUAGGCAUAACUUCCAACCUGAAGUCACAAACAUACCAGCAGGUUUUGCACAAGCAAACUCUGAUCCUCUUGACUCUGUGACUCGUAGUAAUUCAGUUACUGAGUCAAAUGCUAUACGUUCAAAUAAGCCUUCUCUUGCCGAUGACGCAAAAUUAGUCAAAUUCACGGUAUCUACUAAAUCCAUGAAUAUAAUACAAUCUAAUGCUCAAUUUCUGAACAAAAGUAGGAACUUUCUUAAUUUUAUCACUGAAAAAUCAACAAACAUUAUGGAGAGAACGUUACUACCUCAAAAUUUAACAGCUAAAUACAAUUCCAUGCUAAAGUUAACAGAAAAUAAUCGUGCUAACUACCAAAAUUGUGCAAUCGUUUCUGGGACAAGCUCCCAAUCUGUAGAAAAUAAUUUGAUCCGGUAUUCAGGCAGUGAUUUGGUGAAUGAUAACAGGACAAGGGAACCCAUCAGAAGUCAUGUAGUUGAUAACUUACUAGACUCAAGUAUUAUCAGCAGAUCAAACAAAGAAGAUCAAUCUGGUUUGAAGAUGGGUUGUGUUGAAGAUAAUUCUGUAGAUGAGAAUCGAGAGCUAUUUCUCAAAUGUUUAACGAAUGAAAAUGAUCUGAAUCGUGCACUCUUAUCAAUUAGGAAAGAAUCUGAUGCAAGAUCAUUUGAAAACUUACCUGUCAAUGCAGAACUAAUAAAUAGUUUACCAUGUCAAAAUAUCAAAGCAAUAAGCGCUGAUAAUGUUCAAGAAGAUCAAGAUAUAAUCAGCACAACUGAAACACAUGAUUCUUUUUCAUCGGAUGAAGUAUCAGAGACAAUACUGGUAGAAGAUUCAAAAUCAAUCUGUAGAAAAAGGCUUACAAGCGAUAUACUUAUGAAUAGGAACGAAUCUAUCAAACAAAAUGCAACUACUCACGGUUCAAGGUUUAGUGGUGAAACUAAUGAUAUAAUCUCACCUAGCAUGACUCAGUUAUCAGAUGAACACACGGAUCAAAAGCAGAACUUUGACGAAAAAGCUGUUACUACAAGUUUAGAAGAUCAAUCGAUCGGGCUAUUGGAUCAUCCAGCUUAUGUAACUCUGUUAAGAGAUUACAGUAAUUUGAGAGAACAAAGUGCAAAAUUGUCUGAGACAUUGGUGAAAGUAGAAAAAGAGAAUCAAAGACUAGUCGCAGAAAAUAAUGGUGAAUUGUAUGCCUUGCAAUUGGAAACGCUAGAAGGAACUAUUGAACAAUUAAAAAAUGAUUUGAAGCAAUCAGCUACAAUUCAUGAUAUGCUUAAUAAAAAUUACAUAAUUGCUAAUAAGGAACGAGAGAGCAUGGUCAUGAAAUAUGCUAUUAGUGAAAAACAGCUCAUAGAAACACAAAGAGCCAGAGAGUAUGCUGAGCGUAAAGUCAACGAGGCCUUUAGAGAACAAGAGUUAUUGCAUACGAAAUUAAAACAAGUACAAGGAGAACGUACAAGAAUUUGUAACAUUUUGGAUGGAAAAAGUCACGAGCUCACGGAUGCCCAGAAAGAAGUGGAUCGAUUGAAAGAAGAAUUGAACAUGCGAGAUGUUAAAUUAAAAUGGACUCAAAAUAAGUUGAAGACUGAAUUAGAGGCACAAAAGGAAAAUCAACAGAAAUUAGAUAAGGCAAUGCAACGAAUAAACGAAAUGAAAGAAGAAUGUGAGCAUGUGCGUAAAGAAUCCCAGGAAACAAUUCGCAAAUUCCAACAGUCGGAAGAAAAUAAAGUCGUUACUUUGGACCAGCAGCUUAAGGAGCAGCAAGCGCGUCUGAUUUUAGAACGGCACGUUACGGAAGAUAAAGAAACGUCUAGACUUCAGUUACAAAAAGAAGUAGAAACGCUAAAGCAGCGGCAACACGUCCUGAUUGACGAAAACAAUACCCUCAGUUCAAAGGUUCAGGACUUGGAACAGGAAAAAUUAAACUAUGAGAAUACUUUGAGCAAUCUGGAAGUCACAGCUGAUCAAAGACAAAAAGAAAUUGUUGAUUUGGCGGGAAAAGUAUCUGAACUGGAAACUUUGAAAUUACAGCUACUACAUAAAGAACAGUUAUUAUCAUCGAAUGAAGCAGAAGUUGAUCGGCUACGCCAAUCAAAUGCAGAAUUACAGACUGAUAUGGACUGGUGUCGAGAGCGUGAAGCACAUAUGUUAGAUUUCACGCAAAAACUAACGGAUAAAAAUGUUCGGCUACAAUCAGAAUUCACUGCAAUCGAAGCCAAGAACGAGCAGCUAGAAUUAGAGCAAGGUCCAUUGCACGAUCAAAUAAGACAUCUUACUUCGAAAGUAAAAGAGCUAGAAAUCAGUUUAGCAUCAGAAAAAAGAAAAAGGACAGAGGAAUGUGAACUCUUGGCAAGACAUGUAGCAGAACAAACACAACUCGCCAGAAACUUAGCCCAAAAACUAGAAGACAGUCAAGGAGAAAAUGCAGUACUUAGAAGAAAGCAACAGGUUUCUGUUAAAGAGAUGGCUAAAGAAUUACAGCAGUGUAAGAAACGAUUAGAUGCAUUUGAAACAAGUACACCAAGCAAAUCGUUAGAUCUGACUUCCCGUGCUGGGUCUAGUUCAUCACUGAGCACUGGCGAAACACUCAAUGGCACAAUAUCAGAUAACAGCAACAGUGGUGAUCACGUAUUACAGACUGUUGAACCAGACAGACAGGCUUUGAUAGACAGAAUUGUAAAAUUACAAAAGACACGUGUAAAACAAGCUGAAAAAUUAGAUUUCCUAGAAGAACAUACCAAAACGUUAGUUAAUGAACUACAAAAGAAAUCUAAGAUUAUAAAAAAUUAUAUUCUUCAUGAGAACCCAGAUGCGAUGGGCAGUAAUGAACGAGACAGAAAUAAGCAUAUCAAAGGCAGACGAAAUGCUGCUGAGUUGGCGAGACACGGUGGAAUAAUGGCAUCGGUAUAUAAUCAGCGCGUGUCGGACGACAACAUGACGUUGGAACUUUCGUUAGAGAUAAAUCGAAAGUUACAAGCCGUUUUGGAAGACACACUGCUCAAAAAUAUAACCCUGAAGGAUAGUAUUGACACACUGGGUGGUGAGAUUGCAAGAUUGACUAUGCAAAAUAAUAGGAGACAGUAAGGCUCUUAUAAGCGGAUUUGUUUGCGGAAAAGAUAAAGGAUAUCUACAAAGCAAUUAUGACAUUAACGCUCUGAACACGAGGAAAAACCGUAUUUUUGGUGCUAAGAACAGUUGAAAUGGUCUAACAUUACCAGCUCUAAGUUCUCUUGAUUUUCGUCUCAAUGCAACUUUAUUUACGAUUCCAUAGUGUAAAUGGUGAAAUAGUUAAAUUGCCCUAUCUAGUCACGAUUAUUGUUAUUUACGGAAGAAGUUCUUUUGUACAGUUAAAUGGUAGUUCAUGGGAUGUUGUCUAGAGAUGAAGCCGUCAAAUUUUGAUUUGCUUUAAAGUUUAGUUGCAAUCUUAAACGGCCUCUAUCACCCACGUAUCUCCAUGAUUUUAAGAAAAAAAAUCAGUUUUACAGUUUUAUAGAAAUGAAGUAUUUUUUCAUUUGAGAUACUUUUAUUUAUACGAAUUUUAUUUUGUUACAUUAAUUUUAUUUAUUAAUAAUACAUUUAAAUUAAAAAACCACAACUUACCAUUACAUGGCCAUAACAUUUUUGAGAACAUACACAUUCUGAAAGAUUCGCCAUUUAGGCUACACUACUGUAACGUUUCGGUUAAUGUAAAAUUUAAACACGAACAGCUAUCCAUAUGAGCAUCCAGAAUGUAUGGAGUGAAUCAGUGGGAGAACCAUAUUAUUGUAUCUUGUAUUCUGGUCCCGUUUAUGCUACAAAGUAAGCAUACGCAACCAAAAGUAUUUAUGGUGUCAAUAAAACUUACGAUUACCAGUGACUGUAAUAAAUGUAGAAAUGUAACUGGACUCACAUAUAUUUGACAAAAAAUGUAACUCUGUUAUGACAAGUGCUAGUAUCACGGGAGAUAAUGUUGCAGCCAUGUUAUUACCCUUAUACAUUCUAAGGUUUAUUGUCCUCAUAAGUAUAUACGACGUAAGUUUACUUAUCAAAAUAUGUUCCAAGUAUGUAAGCAGGUAUAAAAAAAGGUAACAUGUGAAUAAAGUAUUUUUAAAAAUU